AUGCCUUCUGACGAGGAGUCCCAAAGUGCCUUGCCUAUAGAGCUCAUGGAGCUCCAAUUAGGUCAAAUUGACCUCCUCAUGGCGAUGUAUGCGUCGGAUGAUGCGAUAGCCAUAGACUCUGCGGCGUCUGGUUUGAUUGAGAGAUUGAGGGAAUGGUGUGAAAGUGAUGGGGAAGCCACCCCAAAGUUCUCAGAGACAGCCAUAAAUCUCCAGCUCAGGGUCGAUGUUGAAGACGAAGAUUCUUUAUCAAGAACUCUACAGCUCACAUUGACAGUGCCUUUGAAGUGUCAAAAAGGAGAAGGAUCGCUAACAGAGCCACCGCCAAUCAAGACCAGGAUACAACAACCGGAUUGGAUGAGUAAAGGAGAUGUUGCAAAGUUGAACACUGAGAUUCCUGAAGAGGACAUUCUUUCAGUUAUUGAGCAUAUAAAAGAUGCCGCAUCUCAACACCUCUUACGUCUUAAGCAAGCAGAAAUUGCAAAUACUCCGAUAGCAGACACAUCGUUAGUUCGAGUUUGGUUCUACUUCCCCUCCAUCAGCACAAGGGCAAAGCGAGAUGACUUCAUCAACUAUGCACCGACCUACGGGCUCACUGGCUUUCUCCUAGCUGGGAAGCCGGGCAUAUUGUGUUUAGAAGGAGGAUCGGUCGCCAUUGAUGACUUCAUGAAGUUCAUUAAGACAGAAAGUUGGGGUGAUAUUCCUGCGCAUCACAAAAAGGUCAGCGAGAGAUAUCGAGAGGAGGCGACGGAUCUGAAGCGCGCAUUUUCGGAUAUGCAAGAGAUCACGGAUAUGAUUGAGAAGAGAGGAGCGAGAGGGAAUCGUGGUGAUAUGAAGGCCUUGGAAGCAUGGCUGGUUGAGUGCGGACUUGGUGAAGCGUUCGGCAAGAUUCUGAUGUGA